AUGCCCCAUCUCCCGCGAGCCCUCGCAGGGUUCGCUCGAUCUCUACCGCGCCAGCUACCCAAGAGUAGACCCAAUGGCACUGCAGCGACAUCGAUACGAAGCCAGCAGCGCUGCUUCACCUCUCGGCAACCUCAGGUCCUUCCGCGCGCACUGCGAAGGGGCAUCCGACGAGCCGGCAUCCAAUGCCAUCAGAUACGCUUCAAGUCUGAUGCAGAAGCACCAGUAGCGCCAACUACACCGAUCCCCCCGAAAUCGAGGUCAAGAAUCUUACACUAUGCCUACAAAGGCCUUGCGUCGCUGGGCUUGUUCAUGGUCAUAUCAGGCGGUCUGGUCGUGGCCUUCUUCAUCUACGACGCCAGCACCUACCAAGACGACCCCGAAACCUCCGAUAUCCCCGUCUCCGAAUAUGCUCUCAACCCUAGGCGUGGUGGACCGAAGAACCUGCCGAUAGUGGAUUACUUCAUCGACGACGAUGACACCGACGACAUGAAGACGCAAAAGCACAAGCCGAAGUUGGUCAUUCUGGGGACGGGAUGGGGCAGCGUGGCAUUGCUGAAGCAGUUGGAUCCGGGCGACUAUCAUGUGACGGUUGUGAGCCCGAGCAAUCACUUCUUGUUCACACCCAUGCUGCCUUCGGCGACGGUGGGGACUCUGGAACUCAGGUCGCUGGUGGAGCCAGUUCGUAAGAUCGUUAAGAGGGUCAAGGGUCACUUUUUGAAGGCAUUGGCUGUGGAUGUCGACUUCAGUGAGAAGCUGCUUGAGAUUUCGUCGACCGCCGCAAAUGGGAAGGAGGAGCGAUUCUACCUACCUUACGACAAGCUGGUGGUGGGAGUCGGCAGUGUCACCAACCCUCACGGCGUAAAAGGCCUGGAACACUGCCAUUUCCUCAAAGACAUCAGCGAUGCGCGCUUGAUCCGAAACCAGGUCAUUCGAAAUCUGGAAAUUGCUUGCCUACCUACCACUCCGGACGAGGAGCGAAGAAGACUUCUGUCCUUCGUCGUUUCCGGUGGCGGACCUACUGGAGUCGAGUUUGCGGCCGAGCUGUACGACAUGCUAAACGAAGACCUUUGCAAGUUCUAUCCACGAGUACUUCGCAACGAAAUCUCGGUGCACGUCAUCCAGUCGCGCAGUCACAUUCUCAACACCUACGAUGAAGCGCUGUCCAAAUUCGCCGAAGCCCGCUUUGCCCACGACAACGUCGACAUUCAGACCAACGCCCGAGUCAAGGAAGUCCAAGCCGACCGCAUCAUCUACACCCAGAAGGACGACGAGGGCAAAUUGAUCACGAAAGAGCUCUCACAUGGCUUCUGCCUUUGGUCCACCGGUGUCAGCCAGAACGAGUUCUGCCAGACCCUCGCUGCCAAGAUCGACUCCCAGAACAACCGCCACGCCCUCGAGACAGACACUCAUCUUCGCCUUGUCGGAGCGCCGAUGGGCGACGUGUACGUCAUCGGCGAUGCCAGCACCGUGCAAAACAACGUCAGCGACCACAUCAUCUCCUUCCUCCGCACGCUCGCGUGGGAGAAAGGCAAGGACCCUACCAACAUGAAGAUCUCCUACCCGGACUGGCGUCACGUCGCGAAACGCGUCAAGUCGCGCUUCCCACAAGCCUCUGACCAUCUAAGACGUCUCGACAAGCUGUUUGAGCAGUACGACAAGGACAAGAGCGGCUCCCUCGACUUUGGCGAACUCUCCGAAUUACUUCGCCAAAUCGACAGCAAGCUCACCUCCCUCCCCGCCACCGCUCAACGCGCGAAUCAGCAAGGCGAGUACCUGGCUCGAAAGUUCAACAAGCUCGCGCACGCUUCGCCCGGACUGGCGAUGAACAGCAUCAACGAUGGCGAUAUUGACGAAGCUGUUUACAAGGCGUUUGAGUACAAGCAUCUGGGCUCACUGGCGUACAUUGGCAAUGCGGCCAUCUUCGAUAUCAACGGGAUGAACUUUGGCGGUGGACUGCUGGCGGUGUACUUGUGGCGUAGUAUCUACUUUGCACAGAGCGUGAGUCUGCGGACGAGGUGUUUGCUUGCGAUGGAUUGGAGUAAGAGGGCGUUGUUUGGGAGAGACAUGAUGAACUACUAG